AUGUCGGCAAACGAGAAAAAGCUGAAUUUGUCUUUCCUCGACCGACAAUCACACAUCCGCGUAUACGGCCGCUACUAUAUCGUAUUUCCUUUCCCUGACAACAAACGCGCAGAUGAAGCCAUCGAUUCACUCCGCCUGGGUUUCAAGGAGGUACUGAAGCGGUUCCCUUACCUUGCUGGAACGGUAAAUAUGCCAUUCAUUGCCAGUGAUUGUCUUCAGGUACUUUUCCCUGAUCCUAUAGACCCAGAAGCAGAGGCGGCCCGUAUUUUCACUACAAACUUAGAUGAGGCUGCCAACACCGAUUAUCACUACUCCACACUUGAAACGACGCAUUUCUUAGCAGAAAAACUUCCUGCAGAGGUCUUUUGUCCCGCUUUAAUUAAAAACCAUCCUGGGCUCGACGAUGAUGACCCAUAUGCAGAACGAAUGACUAGUCUGAAGAGGGGUCCACUCCCUACUUUUGCUACCCACGCAACCUUUAUACCUGGAGGCUUAGUCCUGAGUGUUUGGUUUUACCACGCUAUCACUGACGGAUCUGGCAACGCGAAAAUCCUAGAGGUAUGGAGUGCGGCUGUGAAAUCUUCGAAUAACUACACUCGAGAGACAGGACACGGUGAAUUCAGCUCAAAUCUAAUCACAACGGACAAUGCUACAGAUGCCAAUCUUGCUAGGGGGGAUCUCGCUACCCUUGCACAAAAGUUGAACGUUGGGCCUACUGAUCCACAGACUGAAAAAGUGCUGCAACGUUCAGCAAAUGCAAUUCAUGAGCUACCCUACAAAGUCGUCACAAAGAUGUUUCGCUUCCCAAGUUCGGUUAUCACUAGUCUCAGCAAAGCCACGUCUCAGCACACAGAGAAACACAUAACCCACUUCACUUCUCUAGCAGGACUAGUCUGGGCUAAUAUCGUUCAAGCCCGCCUCCCAGGGUUCAUCGCGUCCGGCAACACCAAAUCAACCUUGGCCGUCAUCGUCGAUCUCCGGAAACAUCUCGCUGGACCCUUCUCAUCUUCUGACUACCUGGGAAAUCUAGUAGCCUCCAAGAUGCCUACAUGGGACCUUUUCCAAAGCGGUAAUAGCAUCACAUGUCAAAAUAUUUCGGUACAAACCGACUUAGAAGACGAAGUAGAGCACCCCAUGCUCCUUCCCAUCGUAAGCGUCGCGCGCCUCCAGAUCAAUAUCCAGAGCCUCGCUUCUUUCAUUACAGAUAUCGAUGAUGCCGUCCACGGCGUCAACGAGCAAUGGAUUGGCAGGAAAUUCAAUCAGAUCCUCGCCGAUCCCACCCAAGUCGACCAAUCCUGUCUCAAGUUCGGUAAUGGACCUGAUCUCUACAUUACCAGCUGGCAGCAUAUGGGCGUGGAUCGCGAGUGGUGUAUUCCUGGCACCUCAGAUGCCCAGCCCGCUGCUAUUCGGCGCGCGGCGUGGGUGAGUGAGGGUGGUAUCGUAGUGUUGCCCAGGAAGAAAGAUAUAGAGGGGAAGGAAUCGGCGGCGUACGAGGUUUUGGUCAGUCUUGCUGAGGAGGAUAUGAAGGGGUUUGAAGAUAGUCUUGCAGAGGGUAAGUGGUUGGUGGAUAGGCAGUAG